UGGUUUAAGUAUGCUCUAAACGGGCUGUCCUGUGCUUUUUGGGGAGGUGAGGCGGUGUUGGACUGAAACGAGAGGUUUGCUGUGGAUGAAGGCGGGGUGUGAUGAACUGUCCGUUCCGCUCAUAUGACGAUCUGAUACGAUGCGGGAAGCAUGUGCGCGUCGCGCGGUUAAAUUGGACCGGUGACGCGGCGAUUUUGACGAGCCGGUUCGGCGGGAAGAAACAUAUUUCAGAGAACCAUGACCACUGUGGAGGAGGAGCCGGACCACAUGAUACCAUGAAGAGAAGUCUGCAGGUCCUGUCUCACCAGCUGCUGAGUGUUCUACUGAUUCUGAUUGUGCCAGUUGGGCUGGUGUUCUCCACAGAAGAACUUCACCCAAGCCAAACCACUCGGGACCUCGCCUCCAUGUCAACAAUCAGCAGAACCCUCGCCACACUCUCACCGGGGCCCUCGAGCUGGCAAGAGGGUUCCAGCAGUGGGGAGCAACACAACAAGGCACUGGAUUCUCUUGAAGCCAUCCUUAGAAGCUCUGCUGUCCACCCACUCCAGACACCAAAUACUACUGCAUCUUCUGCUGUAGUUAAAACUCUUGCUGCAACAGAGCGUACAACAGCAGUAGGGGCCAAUGAGGUGCAUUCUAUUCCAACACUUGCUUUUGGUACCAAGGAUCAGACACAAUCUCUAAUCCCUUUUUUAGCUGAGAAAGCUGAUGUUCCUACUAAACUAGCUUCUGUAAGGAAGUUCAACAGAACUAGCUCUGUUCAAACCCAGAACUUUAGCACUAAUACUUAUAAGCCACAUACAAUCACUAGAAGACCAGUACACAGUAUCAAGCACUCUGGUUUGAUCAGUAGAACUCAGAUCAAUGCUACUGGAUUGGAGCGUGGAAACCAGGCCACAAAUGUUGGCUCUGGCCAUUCUUUUCUCUCAGGGACUGAAAGUGAUAUGGCCCCUGGUGUUGAGGGCCACCAGGAAAUGAAACAAGCAGAGUCUGGAGUGUUUGAGCCCACUGACCCCAUUCAACAUCCAUCUACGCUUUUACCCUCAUCAGUUUCCUCUGCCAAAACCCAGAAAGGGAAAAACGAGUUUACUCCACACCACACCAUCACGGUGCGUGAUGUACCUUCAACUGAGAAACCUACGCUCCCAUUGGAAACAGUGGGAGUGGCAUUACCACAAACUGUUAAUCAGUCUCCUCCCCUAGCUUUAGACCUACCUUCCAACCAUAGCAAGACAUCUGAUCCCACUUCUUUAGCAGAGAGUACAACCUAUGUUGAAAACGAUGUGGAUGCCCCAGGUGACGGCAUUGGAACCACCAACAUGUCCAAUGAUUCUCCUCUCUCCCUGACGAAUGUCUCAGAAGUUAUCAACAGCUCAGAUGCCUUGUUGCUUGCAGUGAAUGAUUCAAAUGUCUCUGAGGCUCCCUCCACUGCUAGCGGGAGCUUCAUGAAUAGACAGGUCCCAGCCACCACACAGAGUCCAUGGGGACCUGUAAACCAGUCAGGUCCUGCACUGGUUCCUCCACAUGAAAAAAACACAAUCUGCCUGGACAUAAUGGACAUUGUGUGGCUAGUUUUUGCCAUUAGCGUGCCUGUCUCCUCAUGCUCUGUGCUGCUUACUGUAUGCUGUAUGAGGAAAAAGAAGAAGUCUUCUACUCAGGAGAACAACUUGAGCUACUGGAACGACGCUAUCACCAUGGACUACUUUACUCGCCAUGCUGUGGAGCUCCCAUGCGAGAUACAAUCACUGGAGACAGCUGAGGAACAAGAGACAUUUCUGCCUCCUAAUGGUGACUACAGCGACAGCGGUGUGGUUCUAGUUAACCCUUUUUGCCAAGAGACCCUCUUUAUCAACAGAGACAAGGCUUCUGAUAUCUAGACAUACUAGCCAUACUAAUGACAUCAUAAAAUGGAGAUAAAAUCCCUGAGGAUUUUCCCCUCCCCUAUCUUCGCUCAUAUUUUUUAAGAAUAUGGUAUGUGUGUGUGUGUGUGUGUGCGUGUGUGUGUGUGUGUAUACACACACACACACACACACACACACACAGUAUGUAUAUAUACAUAUAAAUAUAUGUGGUGAACCUUCAAAGACUGCGGUUUAUACAUGGAACUGGUUUCGAGGAGAUAUAUGAAUAUAAAAAAGAACAAAUACUAUUUACAAUGAGGGGGAGCCCCUGCAUAUUUUUCUGAUGUGGAUUUUCUACAGACGCUUAAUUGUGAUAAGGGUUUUUAUGUCCUUUUGAAUAAAAACAGUAAGUUUGGUUUCUCUCAUAUUCCAGUGGCUUUGGUGGUGCACAAAGUGCUGAAAAAUACAAUGUGUGAUGUAAGAAUGUUUGCUUGACCCGAAACACUUAAUACGAUUCCUUAAAAAAGCCUGCUGCACUUGAAUUCUGUAUGUAAGGGGAUGAAGGGGUAAAGAGCAUUGGUUCUAGAAUGAGUCCAGCGGGUUACUACAGUAACCCUCACUUCACUCCCAGAGAAUCUUACGUUGAUUGCUUAUUUGCAUUUCAUGCAGAACGUAUAGUGAUAUACAGGAAUUCUGAGAUGUUUCCCACAGUUACGUCACCAGCCAGAAGACAGAAUGAAAAUGUCCCAUUCCUUAGAUGUUCCAAGAUGUUUGUGUGUGCAUAUAUGUCGUGCCGCAUGCAACUUCUCUGAUUUGACUAGAUCAAAUGGGGUUUUAUUUAUAUCAAUAUGAUUUGGCUGUUAAAACACUUCUGUUAAUCUCAACACUUGCACAAACAAGUAGAUAAAUUGCUUAAAUGCCAAUGAAAUGCCUCAUACAAAGCUCUUUGUAUGGUAAUGUUACUGUGCUCUAAAUUUCACAACAUAUCUGUUCAUUUGUGUUUAUGUCUUUGUUCAAAUUCCAUAAGCAGGCCUAUGCAUUGUGGUUUAACCACGUAUAAUUGUUUAUUCGCUAAGUCAUGCUCUGAACAAAAUGGCACUAAUAUUGCUUCACAUGUUGGCUUAAUUAUAUACUGUAUUUUGUCAGAAGAUGUGUUUUUAGUCAAGACUGAAUGAGUGUGCUUGUGGUUCUGUCUGUCUCGGUCCUUGUGUGAGCAUUAAAGGAUGCUGUUUUAAGAGAAUAAAUGUGACCAAAAUGAAUUCCUUAUAUUUCUCUUUACUUCUCCAGUGCUUACUGCUUUAUUGUACAGUUUUUAGAGGAAUUUUGAUAAUGUCACUGGAUGUAAUAGCCUGUAAGUGUUAGAUAUAUAUGACAAAGACGUACAGAGAAACUUUUUUAUUUUGUUCUUCAUGCCUGAUUUUGGUAACAUACUGUACAUGUAAAUUCAUAUUAUCACCCAUUCUUUACAUAUCACAUUUUGUCUGUGCUUAUUAGAAUAUAAUUGCUUAUUUGUUGUCAUUUUAAAUGCAUUUGUAGAUGUUUUCCUUUAGUGUUCUGUUGCCAUCCAUUUUUUUUUUUUAUCUGUGUGUGUGCUGGCAUGAGUUUUAGAUAUGAAAGGAGAGGAAGAUAAUCGUUCAAUUGACGUAAAAAAGAAAUUGCUCUCAUAUACAGUAUUAUAAAUCAUGUCUAAUAUUUUGUAGCACAUAAACUGUAUUUAUACUGCUGAGCAAUAAAAAUAAAAAGCUUUGAAGGCUUAUUCAGUCUGUAACCGAUUUUAUCUAUCAAAAAUAUAUUCAUAUUUAGAACAAAAUGUAGCACAAAUGCAUCAAUUCCUAUAUUUUGU